ACAGACCAGGUUCCCCCCUUUUAAUCCAUCUUGGGUUCGACGAGAUGCGACUCACAACAGGUAUAUAAAGACGCUAUGCCCUGGUGGGGUUUCUCUGAGGCUCUCCGACCGAUCAGACUUUGGUUGAGCCUCAGAGUGCCUACACACAAUGCUGGGCUGCAUCUUCUCAUCUUUCCUGCUCACCGCAACGGCGGUGGGGGCACAGGAGUCUCAACUGCUGCCUAAUGGUCGGCAGUACGACUAUAUCGUUGUCGGUGGCGGCACGGCAGGAAUUGCCCUGGCGACACGGCUGAGCCAAGGACUGAAGAGCGCCAGCAUCCUCCUUAUCGAAGCCGGUCCGGCCGCCCUUCACGAGGACGGCAUCAACGUCCCUGGCCUGAAAGGUUCGACCCUAGGCGGCAAAUACGAUUGGAGCUUUACCACGGUGCCGCAAACCCACCUCAAGAACCGCACCAUUUUCACCCCGCGCGGCCGCGUGCUGGGCGGCACGUCAGCCAUCAACCUCCUCACCUGGGAUCGAGCGGCAGCAGUCGAGUACGACAACUGGGAAGCCGUCGGCAACCCGGGAUGGAACUGGGAGACGAUGACGGCCGCCAUGGAAAAGGCCGAGACGUACGUAGGGGGUCCGCCCGGGUCCGGCGCGUCGGGUCCUAUCGAAGCUGUCAUCAACCGCGUCGUGCCCGUGCACCAAGAGUCUUUCAUCCCCACAGUCAGCAACAACUUCCCGAUUCCCUUUAACCCGGACUCGCUCCAGGGCAACCCGAUCGGGGUAAUGUACCAGCCCGAAAACAUCGCCCCCGCCUCGUACAACCGCUCCUACAGCGCCAAUGCCUACCUGCCCCUGGCCGGCGGCAACCUCGCCGUCCUGACCAACACCCAGGUAACCAAAAUCAACUUGUACAAACCACCACUCCGCCGCCUCCACCGCGCGACGGGCGUCGUCCUCGCAAACGGCACGUCCAUCACGGCGCGGCGCGAGGUGAUCCUCUGCGCGGGCGCCAUCCAGUCGCCGCAGCUGCUCGAGUUGUCUGGAAUCGGGCAGCGGGGGGUGCUCGGUGCGGCGGGCAUACCGCAACGGGUGGACCUGCCGGGCGUGGGCGAGAACUACCAGGACCAUUUGCGGGUGCAGGUGUCGUACCAGCUGAAGGACGAGUUCCUGGCCGGGGACGAGAUCAACACGAACGCUACGUUUGCCGCGGAGGAGUGGGCCAAGAGACUGAGGGGGGAGCCCGGGUUUUACGAUGAUACUGGCGGCGGCUACGUGUUUGCCGAUUGGAAGCGGGUGGUACCUGGCGGGGAUGAUAGCGCUUUGGUCGGACUGGCGAGGGCGGCGGUUGGCGGGUCGGCGGAUGUGGGGCACCGGAAGAAGUUGGAGAUGUUGGACGAUGCGAGGGUGCCGCAGGUCGAGGUGAUCUUUUCGGAUGGGUAUACCGGUGUGAGGGGAUACCCUCCGGUCGGGUCCGAGUUGUACGGGAGGGGUUUCUUUUCGCUGAUUGCGGGCCUGAUGCACCCGCUGAGCCGCGGCAGCGUGCACAUUGACCCGGCCAACCCUGGUGGGAAGCCGGUGAUUGAUCCCCGGUUUGUCGACAAUGAGUAUGACAUGGCGGGGUUGGUUGAGAUACUCAAGUUCUGCCGGCGGAUUGCGAGGGCAGAGCCACUGCGGUCGGUGUGGGUGGCCGAGUAUGAGCCCGGCGAGGGGCUAGUGCAGACUGACGAAGACUGGAGAGAGUAUAUCCGGAACACUACGCUAACCAUUUUUCACCCGAUGGGCACGGCGGCCAUGCUGCCGAGGAAGGAUUGCGGUGUGGUGGACUCGAAGCUGAUAGUGUACGGGACGGCGAACUUAAGGGUGGCUGACGCGAGCAUCAUCCCGGUCGAGAUGUCGGCUCACCCGCAGACUGCAGUUUAUGGCAUUGCCGAGCGGGCGGCCGAGAUCAUCAUCACGGCGCACCGCUGAAGAGCUGUUCAUAGUUGGAUGGUGUCAUUUUUGCUUUGCCAGCUUGCGAUUCAACAAGAAUGAGCCGACCGAUAAUACUGUCACUCAAGACAGAACCAGAAACGUUAUACAGAACACUCUGUCCGGCAUGGGCGAAUAGGCGGUAUGGGCAACGCUUGGUGCCGUGAUGUUGAUGUUGCGGCUCGGUGUCGACAGAGCUUGAACCCUGCCUGGUAUUGAGCUUGCAUGGAUGGAUGGAAUUUAUUUCGCCCGGAGGCGCGAAGCCUAAAGGGCCUUGGCACGCUAACUACAUCCAAUUCCUUGACGUUCAAC